AUGACUGAGCAAAAACAUCCAGCGGAUCCGCUGUCGCAUGGCCCUGGUGCCACUAAGAGCGAAGUAGAGCAGGCCAACAAAGAGAAAAGAUCGAAGCAGACCGAGAUUUCGGCCCCCGUGGAUGGUUCCAACAACGAAGGCUUCAAGGCGCAGCCUCCAAGUGAGAAACCCAAGCGUAAUUCAAGCGCCAGGCCCACCUUUGCCUGGAAAAACAUUGGCGCAUGGGAUAUCCCAGAAACUCAUGAUAAGGCGGAGGAAUUGAAGCGGUUGAAGGCUACCGAGGCAUACGUGGUGGACCAUUUGUAUGGAGACUGGUUCUGGAACACGGUGUUGCCAAUUGGCGUGUGUUUCUUUGCCUAUUUCUUCGCCAGAAUCGGCUUCUCCUUCUUGUGGUUGCCAGUGGUGCUCUUGAGUGCCAGCUCGGUCUACCGAGCCGAGUUCCGCAGAUUCAACAGAGACGUCAGAGACGACAUGUCGCGUAUCAACGCAGCCAACCGCUUGGAGGAGGACGUCGAGACCAUGGAGUGGUUGAACUCCUUCUUGGCCAAGUUCUGGGUCAUUUACAUGCCUGCAUUGUCGGAAAUGGUCAUGUUCCAAGCCAAUGAGGUGUUGAAGGACUCUGCUCCUGGCUUCGGUAUUGAGAAAUUGUCGUUGGACGAAUUUACUUUGGGUUCCAAGGCUCCAAGAGUGGACUCCAUUAAGUCGUACACCAGAAAAGGUAACGACCACAUUGAGAUGGACUGGGCUUUCUCGUUCACUCCUAAUGACACUGAUGACAUGACUAAGAACGAAAUCAAGAAGAAGAUCAACCCUAAGGUGGCCUUGGGUGUUACCGUUGGUAAGGCAUUCAUCUCAAAAUCGUUACCUAUUUUGGUGGAGGACAUGUCAUUCACCGGAAGAAUGAACAUCAAGUUGAAGUUGAACGACACUUUCCCCCACGUUAAGAUGGUGUCUAUCCAGUUCCUUGAGGCCCCUGUCAUUGACUACUCCUUGAAGCCUGUGGGUGGUGACACGUUUGGUCUCGAUAUCAUGACUUUCAUCCCGGGAUUGUCCUCGUUUGUUAAUGGACUUAUCCACUCCAACUUGCGUCCUAUGUUGUACGCUCCUAACUCUCUAGAUAUCGACGUGGAGGAAAUUAUGUCGCAGCAGUCCAAUGACUCUAUCGGUGUAUUGGCUGUGACCAUCAAGAGAGUUACCAACUUGAAAUGUGCCACGGAGGUCAAGGACAACCAGUUCAAUCCGUAUGUACAAAUUGGAUUGGCCAACAACUCAGAUGUUAAGGAGAGAACAAAGGUCAAGAAGAACACCACAGACCCUGUAUUCUUGGAGACCAAGUACAUUCUUGUGAAUAACUUGGAGACCAACCAAUUGUUAUUCAAUGUGUUCCAUAUGAUUCCUGACAAGAUGGACGACUUAGCACUUGGUAUCACUCAAAUUCAAAUGGUUGAUUUAUUGCAGAAAGAGGUUCAAAAUGAUAUGACCAAGAAUAUCCUCGAGUCUGGUAAGGUUGUCGGAAAAAUCGAAUACGACCUUAAGUGGUACCCAGCUUUGAAGAACCAGGUGUUGGAAGACGGCACCAAGGAAGAAAAUAUCGAUUCAGAAGUUGGAAUUAUGAAGUUGUCCGUUUAUGGCGCACAAGACUUGGAUAUCUCUGAAUCUGCUAUCGGUAUCUUGAAUCCUUACGCUGAAGUGUAUGUCAACAACAAGUUGAUCAAAACUUCUAGAAAAUUGAGACGUACCAAUGAGCCAGACUUUGGUGUAAGCUUUGAGUCACUUGUCACUCAGCAAUCUCAAACUCAAAUCCAGGUGCUUGUCAAGGACUCAGCCGAAGAUGCCAUUGUUGGCAGAUUGGACGCUAACUUGCAAGAUAUUAUCUUCGAGUCUUCCAGAGGUCAACAAUGGAUCAGUGCUCCCCCAGUGAGACCAAACGGUACUCCUGCCAAGUUCAGAAUUGGUGCUAAGUGGAAGGCUCUUGGAAUGGACGAUGAGGAGAUUGAAAUCCGGGCCAAUGCUCCAAUUGGUGGUUUGAGAUUGCAUGUCCGUGCCGCCUCCGGCUUGAUCAACCUUGAAAGUGUGGGUGAUGUUGAUCCAUACGUCAGAGUUGUGCAGAAUGGCAGAAUGAAGGCCAAGACAGCUAUUAUCGCCAACACCUCCAACCCCAUCUACAACGACGUUUUCUACUUGCCAGUCACAAAUGAGCACCAGCAUGUGUUGUUGGACAUUCUUGAUGCUGAGGCUGAAGGAAAGGAUAGACCAUUGGGAUCUUGUGCUAUCACAGUCAAGGACUUCUUGAAGAAGAACCGCGAAGGUUACUAUCUUGGCUAUGAUGGAUCCGAGGAAAUUAUCGAGCAACCUGUGUUGUACAAUGGCAAGAGUUACGGUAACAUGACUUACUCAGUCUCGUUUAUUCCGAACAUUCCAGUGUACACACACAUUCAACUGGACAACCUCGAAGAGUACUUGGAGAUUAAGAAGAAAGAGGAGCUCGAGGAAAAAGAAAGGGCCGAGAAGGAAGAAAAAUUGUACAAGGAAAACCCAUCACAAUACGAAUGGGUCGAAAUGCAAGACGAUAUCAUUGGGGAGCCUCCAAAGGUGGAAAUGCCUUUGGAAACUGCUAUCAAGUACAGAGCCGGAGACAUUGCGGUUCAUAUUUUGAAGGGUCAGUUCAACAAGCCAGAUUACUUCGUUCACAUUUUAUUCGAUGAAAACGCCUAUCCAUCUGGUGUUUCCAGUAAGUGUGAAACUCGUUUCUUGACUACCCCUAUGUUGGCUGAAGCUUUUAUGAGAGAUUUGCCAAACUCUAAGACUGUCUUUAGAAUUGCCCGUAAGGCUGAUGUUCAGGACCAAAAGGAGGUGGUUGUUGAGAAGAUUUUCGACACAAUUGAACUCUUAAAGAAGUCUUUUGGCAAACCAUACACCGUUUCCCUUGACAGAAAGAACACCUUGACUUUCCGCAUGGAGUUCUUCCCCUCUGCAGUCAAGUUGGCUCCCUUGGACACUGUUUUGGAUGUUGGACAUGUCAAAUUGGAUAUCUUGAGUGCUGAGAACUUGCCAUCUGUCGACAGCAACGGUAAGUCAGACCCAUUGGUGGUUGUCAAGUUGAAUGGUGUUGAAAUAUACAAGACCGAUAAAAAGAGAAGAACCUUGGAUCCAAUUUGGAACGAGGCAAUUGACUUCCCAAUGUUGUCUAGAUCUCGUGAUGUGCUUCUCUUGGAAGUAUACGAUUGGGAUUUGACUCACGAUGAUGAAUUGUUGGGUAGAGCUAAUGUUGAUAUCUCUAAUAUUGCACCAAAUCAGUCAUCUCAGUUCCAGGUGGAUUUGGAUACUCAAGGUAUACUUAAAUUGAGAGCUACGUUCCAGCCCGAGUUUAUUAGACCAGUCUUAUCCAAGUCUAAUGCCUUACCAAUUGACAUGCAUGACAUUGCGGGUGCUCCAUUGAAGGUUGUCGGAGGUGUGGCUGGAGCUACGGGAAGCGUGGUUAACACUGGUGUUGGUGCUGCUGCUGAUGGUUUGACUAAGAGCGCCAAUCUCUUCAAGAAAGGAUUUAAGUCCAAGAGAAAGCCUAACGGAUCUAGCGAGGAGGGUAGUCACAAUGGCAGCAAUGGCAGCAAAAAUGGCAAUGGAGCUUCUCAUGAGGACGAGGCCGGUGAUACUACUAUGACCUCUGAUCUCAGAUCCAACUACUCUCACCAGACUGGUACUACUUCAAACAGCUACCCAAGCAGAAAGGGUAAGGUGAAAUCUUCAUCUAGCAAAGAAGAUGACAAAGGUCAAGGAGCACCAUCUCCAGAGGAACAGAUUGAGAACAACAGGCCACCAUCGAUUAAGAAUGCUAUUCCUAACUUGGACCCAGAUUUGCUUCCACCACCACAGCGUCCAGAGGGUCGCGGACACAGAAGAGGAGUUAGCGAGACGUCGGAUAUUAGUACCAUCAACUCCGGCAUGUUUGGCCCCGAUGGUAUCCCAGGUAGAGUUAAUAUUGUGUCUGCUACCGGAUUUAAGGGACCUAUUGAGAUCAAGACCACAUUGAGCACAUCAUCAAAGUCCAAGGACAUUCACAAGACUAGACUUGUCAAAGCUCAUGGCGGCAAGUACGAGUGGAAUGAGACAUUUGUAUUCAAGGCUCCAUCGGAGGGAGUGUUACUGUUCUUGGUAAGAGAGCACCACACAUUCGGACGGAACCAGACGAUUGGAAGUGCUGAGGUUUCGUUGGCAGACUACGUUAACUCUGAUGGAGUGAUUCCACUUCAUAUUGGAGGCGGAGAGUUGAAUGUUAGCUUGAGAUAUGUCUCUACGCAGUUGUAG